GAGUGACACAAAAACUCGUAAUGACCUGAACAUAACUUCUUUCACAAUUAAUGGCACAGCUUGAAGCCCUUUUCAGGAGGUUUCAUUCCUUCCUAAGAGUCAUUGUACUUAAAUUCAGCUUGAUCCAAUCUACAGAGCAAAAUAUCCUUCCUUUAUCAACGUGACUGUCUUACGUUUCAGUCCUGGGUCAAUCAUCACGGAAACACAACUAGCUUUCAACUCCACACAGCUUAUUCCGACCGUACAGGAGAUUUCAGAGACCCUCUUUACAGCAGUGAUAGUGGAAAUGUCAACCCACUGAAUAUAAAUCCUUAUUCAAUUUCAGUCAAUGGUUCAAUUAUAAACAUGACUACUUCAACUACAGCUUCAACAACAACAACAACAACAACAAAACCCCUGACAACUAAAGUGCCUACGACUACAACUACAAAAUCUGUACCCAUGUAUCUAACAGAUCUGGUGUUCCGCUCUUAUGACAACUUUAUAGUUCAACUCAGUAAUUCAAACUCUCAGGCCUUCAAGUCAAGGGCUCAGCAUGUCGAAUCUCAGCUUGAUCCAAUCUACAGAGCAAAAUAUCCUUCCUUUAUCAACGUGACUGUCUUACGUUUCAGUCCUGGGUCAAUCAUCACGGAAACACAACUAGCUUUCAACUCCACACAGCUUAUUCCGACCGUACAGGAGAUUUCAGAGACCCUCUUUACAGCAGUGAUAGUGGGAAAUGUCAACCCACUGAAUAUAACUCCUUAUUCAAUUUCAGUCAAUGGUUCAAUUAUAAACAUGACUACUUCAACUACAGCUUCAACAACAACAACAACAAAACCCUUGACAACUAAAGUGCCUACGACUACAACUACAAAAUCUGUACCCAUGUAUCUAACAGAUCUGGUGUUCCGCUCUUAUGACAACUUUAUAGUUCAACUCAAUGAUUCAAACUCUCAGGCCUUCAAGUCAAGGGCUCAGCAUGUCGAAUCUCAGCUUGAUCCAAUCUACAGAGCAAAAUAUCCUUCCUUUAUCAACGUGACUGUCUUACGUUUCAGUCCUGGGUCAAUCAUCACGGAAACACAACUAGCUUUCAACUCCACACAGCUUAUUCCGACCGUACAGGUGAUUUCAGAGACCCUCUUUACAGCAGUGAUAGUGGGAAAUGUCAACCCACUGAAUAUAAAUCCUUAUUCAAUUUCAGUCAAUGGUUCAAUUAUAAACAUGACUACUUCAACUACAGCUUCAACAACAACAACAACAAAACCCUUGACAACUAAAGUGCCUACGACUACAACUACAAAAUCUGUACCCAUGUAUCUAACAGAUCUGGUGUUCCGCUCUUAUGACAACUUUAUAGUUCAACUCAAUGAUUCAAACUCUCAGGCCUUCAAGUCAAGGGCUCAGCAUGUCGAAUCUCAGCUUGAUCCAAUCUACAGAGCAAAAUAUCCUUCCUUUAUCAACGUGACUGUCUUACGUUUCAGUCCUGGGUCAAUCAUCACGGAAACACAACUAGCUUUCAACUCCACACAGCUUAUUCCGACCGUACAGGAGAUUUCAGAGACCCUCUUUACAGCAGUGAUAGUGGGAAAUGUCAACCCACUGAAUAUAACUCCUUAUUCAAUUUCAGUCAAUGGUUCAAUUAUAAACAUGACUACUUCAACUACAGCUUCAACAACAACAACAACAACAACGAUGACGACGACAACAACGACAACAAGAAGACCCUUGACAUCUACAACUAAAGUCCCUACAACUACAACUACAAGAUUUAUCCCCGUGUAUCUAACAGCUCUGGUGUUCCGCUCUUUUGACAUAUUUAUAGUUGAACUCAGCGAUCCAGCUUCUCAGGCCUUCAAGUCAAGGGCUGAGCUUGUCGUAACUCAGCUUGAUCCAAUCUACAGAGCAAAAUAUCCUUCCUUUAUCAGAGUGAUUGUCUACGUUUCAGGUAAAUAUGGAAUUUAUGUGCAUUAUGUGAGUUUAUAA